AUGGGGGUGGGAGGUCACUCAAAAGGCACUAUUAAAUUCUCCACCAGAAAGUUCAACUUAAAAUUCAACUUGUUAAAGACACUCACUGAGAAGCUGAGAUGCUCAGUCACUCACAAGCAGGUUGAACUCGUUAAAGUCACUCACAAGCAGGUUGAACUCGUUAAAGUCACUCACAAGCAGGUUGAACUCGUUAAAGUCACUCACAAGCAGGUUGAACUCGUUAAAGUCACUCACAAGCAGGUUGAACUCGUUAAAGUCACUCACAAGCAGGUUGAACUCGUUAAAGUCACUCACAAGCAGGUUGAACUCGUUAAAGUCACUCACAAGCAGGUUGAACUCGUUAAAGUCACUCACAAGCAGGUUGAACUCGUUAAAGUCACUCACAAGCAGGUUGAACUCGUUAAAGUCACUCACAAGCAGGUUGAACUCGUUAAAGUCACUCACAAGCAGGUUGAACUCGUUAAAGUCACUCACAAGCAGGUUGAACUCGUUAAAGUCACUCACAAGCAGGUUGAACUCGUUAAAGUCACUCACAAGCAGGUUGAACUCGUUAAAGUCACUCACAAGCAGGUUGAACUCGUUAAAGUCACUCACAAGCAGGUUGAACUCGUUAAAGUCACUCACAAGCAGGUUGAACUCGUUAAAGUCACUCACAAGCAGGUUGAACUCGUUAAAGUCACUCACAAGCAGGUUGAACUCGUUAAAGUCACUCACAAGCAGGUUGAACUCGUUAAAGUCACUCACAAGCAGGUUGAACUCGUUAAAGUCACUCACAAGCAGGUUGAACUCGUUAAAGUCACUCACAAGCAGGUUGAACUCGUUAAAGUCACUCACAAGCAGGUUGAACUCGUUAAAGUCACUCACAAGCAGGUUGAACUCGUUAAAGUCACUCACAAGCAGGUUGAACUCGUUAAAGUCACUCACAAGCAGGUUGAACUCGUUAAAGUCACUCACAAGCAGGUUGAACUCGUUAAAGUCACUCACAAGCAGGUUGAACUCGUUAAAGUCACUCACAAGCAGGUUGAACUCGUUAAAGUCACUCACAAGCAGGUUGAACUCGUUAAAGUCACUCACAAGCAGGUUGAACUCGUUAAAGUCACAGUGGAUGAGCCCAACGGCUGCCAGGCGAAUGAUGAGGGAGAGCACCUGGGUGAGGAGGGGGCAAUUGGAGCAGAAAUUCAGAGGGGAUGA